AUGUUAGAAAAAAAGUUUGCUGACAUUGACAAGAAAUUUGAGAAUGUUUUAAACAAGAACAAGAGGAAGUUAGAAAAUGCUCAGAUAAAGCCUAUACAUGACAAGUUCUUAUUUGCUCAGAAUGGUAUAACAGGUCUAAUUGCACCACCUGGGUCGGGUAAGACUUUCACUUAUCUUAAAAUGGCUGCACAACAACAAGAACUAGAUGAGAAGAACCCAUUCUAUGAGUUAGUUGUCAUUUGUAGUACUUCUGGUCAAUUUGACCAAACCGUCAAUUCGUUCAAAGAUAUUAUAAAGAAGUCUAAGUUAGUAUGUAUAAAAGACUCUGAGUUGUUAGAUUGGAUAAAGAAGUACCAAAGAAGAGUUUUGAAGUACAAUGCUAUAAAUGAGUAUGUCAAUUCGAAGUUUAAA